AUGAAUAAUUAUUAUUAAUUUAUCAACCAGAUAUAGAUUCCCAAAUAACAAUUAAACAUCUAAACCACUCCUGAAGUUAUCAAUUUUAAUGCCAACAGUAACACAUACAUGAAUAAAAUCAAAUGUUAAACUCAUUUAACAAAAGAAAAUAAAAUUGAAUAACAUAUUAAGAUAUACAAAGAUUAAUCAACUUAAUGUGAAUUAAUAACAUAAGAUUAAACUACCUAAUGUACUCAACUAUCUUAACAUGAGGAAUAAUUUAUGUAACUUGUACAAUCUAAAGUCACUUAUACAAAUGAUUUACUCUUAUAAAUGGAAUCCGUUGAUAUCAAUGAUUUCUAACCAAGAUAAGCAAUAUCUAUUUAAUAAUCAAUAUAAUCAUCUUCGACAUUGAUGACUUAUUUUUAAGAAAAUAAUAACAAAAUAUAUGAAUAAUUGUUAGCAAAUCAAAAUUAGAAUUUUUUAAAUGUACUAUCUUAAUUGACUAAUAAUAAAACAUUAAAUGAUUUAAAAAUUCAAAUAUAACAAUAUUUAGAUUUACUUAUCUUAAUAAAUCAAGGUUUAAUUGUCUAAAAUUUUAGAAAAGAAUAUAGUAUAGUAGGUUAAUUAUCAUUUAAUGAAAACUGCUUUGAACAAUAAUCUCCAGGAUGGUUAUUAACACCUACUAUCAAAAUUACAGACAGUUAGAACUUUUCUUCUGAUUCGCUGAUCAUUAAUAAAUGA